AAGAAAGAAAUUAUAUUACGAUGUUCAAUAUAUGGAAGGAAGGGACCCAAGGAAGGACCCAUCAUGGAAGGGGCCCAAACCAAAGCACAACUGACUGUGCCACCAUUCAACCCGACGAUUGGUUAUUUAUUUUCAUUUAUGUUCUUUCUGCAAGUGCGGACACAACAGUAGGGGUAUCUGAUUAUUUAGAGGGAUAUAGUGGUUUUUCGGGGAUUAAGGGGAUUUGA